AUGGAUAACGUAGAAAGUAGCGAUAACUCAAGUCCAGCUACUCCAACUUCUAGAGUAAAUGACUCAGAUGGCAUUAAGCCUGAUAUUGUUGUGUCAUCCCCAGUGACACAUUCACCACGACGUACCAUAUAUGGUUCAACUGCGCUAAUAAAAAAACAACUACAAGAUCAGCUAAAUGAAACUGCGCUUCAGCUAGAAAAAACCGCCAAUUUGGGUAGUGCCUUAUUAAAACGAAAAACUGAAAUGGAGGAAAGAAUGAAGGAACUUGAUAAAACUGAAGAUGACGAAGUUCCACAAGAUCUUAGGGAUCGAAUAGCAGCACUUGAACAGGAAGCAAAAGCACUCGAUACAAAUACUGCGGAUGCUUUUAUUGGGGCCAAGGGUCAAUCACCGGGAGGAUUAGACAUAAGUGCUUCAGGAUCUUCAUCUUCCACCGCAACUAGUUCUAUUUCAACUCCGGCGAAAGGAAGAAAUAGAUAUGAGAAAAAAGGCAAGGGUCAAAAGAAAGACAUAGAAUUGGCAGCAGAAAUAGGGCAUGGUUUGCUACAAGAAGUCAGACGUUUGACGAUAUUAUUGCAAGAAAAAGAAGAAGGAAUAAAAAAACUUGAGAUAGAUAAGGCUGAACUAGAGCGUACUAUCGAAAUUCUUACCAAACAAGUUCGGGCAAAAGAAGAAGCAGAAGCACAAAUUAAGGAUGAUAAUUGGAAUCUUGAAUUGAUGCGACAGGAUCUUACUAAUCAGUUAGAUGAACUGCAACAGCAAUUAAAUAGAGCGCGUAACGAUUAUACGAAAAUAGAAAAGGCUCUUGCCACCGCAACUGACGUUAUCGAGCAACUCAAAGAUAAAGAAGAGAAGUUAAUGACAAACCUUGAACAUUUGACUAAUCGUCACGAAAAGGACAUGGCUAACAAUCGAAGGCACGUCACCGCUCUUAAUCGGGAGAAGAAUGACUUAUUAAAAGCAGUUAGUGAUUUGAAGACCCAACUCGACGCCAUCUCGGCUACUAAAAACAUAAGAAAACGUACUCCGGAACCAGGAGCCGAGCCUACAAAUGGAGAUGGUGAGUUAUCAACUAACCAGGAAGCUUCUGGAAUUCCUGCGGUUUUGCAAGGUAAAAACCUAAAUCUUGAAGAGACUUUGAAGGCUCUCAAUGUCGCCUACCGUAUGAUUGGCAGUCUUCGAGCGAAUCUUCAGAAGGAAAAGAGCGAAAAAUAUGAAGUGAAGAAGCUUCUUUCAGAUAGCCAGGAGCAGAUCGAAAUGAUGCGCCACGAAUUACAUGAUUUAUCUGCAAUAGGCAAAGCUAACAAGAAGAGUCAAAAUGGAGUAUCCGGAACAAAGAAUGGACCUACAGAUGUUAAUGGGGAUGAAGAAUCUAAUGAUUUUGAAGAUUCUCAAUCCGGAGACGAUGAUGUCAUCAUCAUUGAUGAUGGAGAAGAUGAAAUAAUCGAUAAGAAUAAUCGACCAUCAUCAGAUAUGUUUAAGCCUCGUCGGAGGCCGGAUCUUAUAUCUAAAAAUUCUAGAACAAGUAGAGGUUCGGGUCGAACGUCCUCCUUAUUAUCACGAAUAUCCAAUAACAAGAUUGAUGAGGACAUUCCCGGUGUUGAAGAGGAUGAGGUAGAAAAUACCGAAGAGGUUAAGGCACGUAGAGCUGAAACACUCAACAUACUUGAUCCUACAGUAAAUAUAAAUUCUUCAACAAAAUCGUCUAAAUCACCUCAAAUGUCAAUGAAUUCUCAAGACGUGAUCGAGGAGCCUAAUUCCUAUGAUAGCACUUCAAAUAAUAGAGAAUCAGUAGUACGUAAAAUAGUUAACGAUCUUGAGAGGAAUAACUCGCUAAGUUUGAAUGAUAAUGAGCGAAAAUCUUCCCAAGAAAGUGGAAAUAGGGAAAGAGAGAUUAAAGAUGAUGAUUUUUCAUCCGUCUAUUCUUUCGCAUCAGCUAAUGAGACCAAUGCAGGUUCUAAUAGAGGAUCUAAAGAACCCGUUGUCUCCAAAAAGACAUUCAGACAUGUUGAGGUACAGACUGAUCCAGUUGUGGAAAGAAGUGAUUCACUUUCAACCAUUUAUACAGGCAAAUUUACAUUUGGAAACCGUGACACGAUUUACGAUACUAGUGGUUCAAAUAAUGACUAUCAAAAUACCCGGCAAUCAGUUUUGCUUUCACCUGAUGAUAAUAGUAUGGACAUCAAACGAUUUACCCUCGACUUAAGUUCACAACCAGGACACCAAACAAAUGUUCGUAGCCAACAACGGCCACCUGUAAAAAGUAUCCAAUCGAAUACAGAGAACGAAGGUUCUCAAUCCAAUAAUCAACAAGAUAAACAGCAGAAUUCUAAUAAACCUAUUGAUCAAGUUAGUAGUUUGGACCCUCCACCACGUCCUUCAGUUGGACCACCAAAACCUUUAGUUACUCAAACUCAGCGUCCUGCACCCGUGAACUUUGGGCAACAGGCUGGAUCGCCAAAAAUUCCGCAAUCACUUAGCAACAUCCAGGGACAAAGAGGAUCAGAUGAUUUACACGACAGUUCUUCAUAUCCAAAUGGAAGUCGUUCAAGGGGAAUUGGCAAUACACAUAAUGAACUUUCUCAUCAUCAUACACCUAGUUCGGGUUCGGUGUCAACCACAAGCAGUACCUCUACAUCUCCUGAUGCAACUGGUCGGCGGUCUGAUUCAUCACAUCAGGACAUUACUGGACCAGGGGUUGGACCAACGGGUACAGAUCCAAACAUUAUUCAUGCAAUUACCCAAACUAUGAUUGGAGAAUACUUGUAUAAAUAUACGAGAAGUAAAUUUGGAGGUAUAUCUGAUAAACGGCAUAAGAGGUUCUUCUGGGUUCAUCCUUACACUAAGACUUUAUAUUGGAGUAAUAAAGACCCGGGUAGUUAUGAACCCACCGAUCCAAAGUCAAAAAGCGGGAUGUCAUACUUCGCAUAUAUCGAGUCCGUCGAUCAGGUUCCUGAUCUUAAUCCUUCUCCACCUGGUAUAUACCAAAUGAGUCUGGUCAUAAAAACCCCUGAACGCGAGUUAAAAUUUACCGCUCCCUCUAAGGAGAGACAUGAUUAUUGGUACACGGCUCUAAGUUAUUUAUUACAGCGACAUGAUGAAACUGGUCAGGGUCAGGCGGCUGGGCGGCCUUCGAAAGUUGGUUCAGAUCCAUGGGACAGUCAAAAUUCUCAUAACCUACAUGCCAAUACUUCACCAAAUGGUUCAUUAAAAGGAAAUAAUCUUAGAGAGGUGAAGAAAAAAUCUAGUUUUAGUAAACUUAAUUCGCUGUUUCGUCGACAAGAUGCAUCCUCCUCGUUACCAAAUUCUCCUUUGUCAACGGAGUCCAUCGAUGGUCAGUCUAAACAAUUGGCAGUUCCAGGUUCUUCCCAAAAUGGAAUGGAUGAUGAAGACGAAGAUUUGGAAAAUCAAGUUGGAGAGAGCACCACAUAA